UUUCACGCGCGCGGUGCGAAAUGAGAGCGAGGCAGAAGCCCGGCAGAGGGAAACAUCACGUGGUGUCACAUCUCUACGACUGACGUCACCGUCCUCAUCUCCAAGCAACCCCUCCAUCAGCACGCACGUCACCGUGUGCCCGAGCCGCGCGGUUGCCCGGCAACCCGUGCCUUGCGCUCGGGCCCGGCCUUGCCUUGCCUUGCACCCAGCUCGGAGCUCUGACGCGGGUGUGACGUUAAUAAGGUGGGUAUCAAUUUGUUAUGGCGGCGGAGGGAGGAGGAGGGGGGAGGCGGAGGAGGAGUUCCCCCUGUGAGUGCCGAAGCCCUGCGCUCUGCAUUCCGGCGGAGCGCUCAGCCACACACCGGCCGCAGCCGAGUCCCGGGCCCAAAGACUUGUAAGAAAAAAAAGUCGAAUUAUAAGAGGCGAAAGAAAAAGUUUAUUAUUGCGCGUUUUCUACAUCCAUUUCCUACUUUUCGCCGCUGUGGUUGUGGAAUGGUUUACGUCUCUUCUGAGAGCCGCCUGGACUGCGAGAGAAGGUUGUUGUCCGUUUAUUAAGGUAGCAGCCUUAUACUUUCCCUCCUGACCGUGGCUGCAACAUGGUGAUCAUGACCGAGAACAGCCGGGGGGCUCAAUCCAGCGCUGCCCAGGGAAGACCCCUGCAGGUCGGGUUUUAUGAGAUCAUCCGCACCCUGGGAAAGGGAAACUUUGCCGUGGUGAAACUGGCCAAACAUAAAGUCACUAAAACUCAGGUGGCGAUUAAGAUCAUCGACAAGACCAGACUGAACCCCUCCAACUUGGAAAAAAUUUACAGAGAGGUGCAGAUUAUGAAGCUGCUAAACCACCCCCAUAUCAUCAAACUCUACCAGGUAAUGGAGACCACAGACAUGCUGUACAUUGUGACCGAGUAUGCGAAGAACGGAGAAAUGUUUGACCACCUGACCACAAAUGGCCGUAUGAGUGAAGAUGAGGCGCGAAAGAAGUUUUGGCAGAUUCUUACAGCAGUGGACUACUGCCACCAACACCACAUUGUUCACCGCGACCUAAAAACAGAGAACCUGUUGCUGGAUGCCAACAUGAACAUCAAACUGGCUGACUUUGGAUUUGGAAACUUCUACAAUGCAGGGGAGCCUCUGUCCACAUGGUGUGGCAGCCCGCCUUACGCUGCCCCCGAAGUGUUUGAAGGGAAAGAGUACGAAGGGCCGCAGCUGGACAUUUGGAGUCUGGGAGUGGUACUUUAUGUUCUUGUCUGUGGCUCUUUUCCAUUUGAUGGACCCGGCCUUCCUGCACUCAGACAAAGAGUCACUGAGGGACGAUUCAGAAUCCCUUUCUUUAUGUCUCAAGACUGUGAAAACCUAAUCCGUAAGAUGCUGGUGGUGGACCCGGCCAGGAGGAUCAGCGUGGCCCAGAUCAAACAGCACCGUUGGAUGCUGGCAGACCCAACAGCCGCCCGCCAGACCCUGAGCCAUUCCCUGACGGAGUACAACUCCAACCUCGGGGACUACAGUGAACCAGUGCUGGGCAUCAUGAGCACGCUGGGCAUCAACCGCCAGAAGACGAUCGAGUCUCUACAGAGCAGCAGCUAUAAUCACUUCUCUGCAAUCUACUACCUGCUGCUGGAGAGAGUGAGAGAGCAUCGCAACCAACAGCUGAGCCGCCAGUGUGGGACCUGGAGCCAGAGACCCAGGAGCUCCUCCGACACCACCGGCCCAGAGGUGAUCAUGGAGUCCACCGACAGCUUUAGGAGCACAGCAUUUUCCAUUCCGGCCAAAAGCACUCCUCAAGUGUACCCGGAGAUGGAGUACGACCAAAGUGGCUUGUUCCAGCGCGUGGUGUUUCCAGCGGAGGCCAGUCUGAACAGACUGCUGUGGAACCGCUCCAUCUCACCCAACAGCCUGCUGGAGACCAGCAUCAGCGAAGAAGUGCGACCCCGGGACCUGGAGGAGGAGGAGGUAACGCAGACUCCCGGGCCUCUUCUCCCUCCCACCACCACCUCCCGCAGACACACCCUGGCCGAGGUGUCGGCCCGUUUCCACCAAUGCAGCCCCCCAUGUAUUGUGGUCUGUCCCUCAGAUGGCGCCUCUUCUGACGGCUGUCUGAAGUCCUCAUCCAGUGCAGUUCCCACUUUGCGGGAGGCUCGGGGGGAGAUGUCAACCCUUCUGGCCUCUGGGAAUAAGAGUGGCGCUCUGCUGCCUGCUGGAGCUCCCCUGACCGUCUCCUCCCACCUCCUGCCCCAGGGCCAGGCCUGCCUGCCAGCUGCCAGCUUCCAGGAAGGCCGCAGAGCCUCUGACACCUCCCUCACACAAGGCCUUAAAGCUUUCCGCCAGCAGCUGAGGAAAAACACACGUACUAAAGGGCUCCUGGGAUUAAAUAAGAUUAAGGGUCUGACGAGGCAGGUAUUUCCUCCACUCUCCAGUACACGUGGCAGCCGAGGCGCAGCGGGUCCAGCUCACUGCGAGCACCGCAGCAUGCUGGAGGAGGUGCUGCACCAGCAAAGGAUGCUACAGAUCCAGCACCAACCUCAGCCUCAGAUCAAAGCUGUUCACACAGGACCAACACAAAAUCCCCUGCUCUUUCUGGCCCAGCAGCAGUCACCCUCUCCUCCACCUUCUACGGCCUUCGCUUCCCCCUCCAUGUUUGACACGGCCGUCUCCUCCGCCCUGCCCUCUCAGCAAGCUUCGCUGGGUUUAUCGCACGUCGCCUGGAAAACCCUCAAGACCUCCUCCUCCGGCGGCUCCUCAUCCCCCUCGUGCUGCUACGCCUCCUCUCUGUCCCCCGUGGCCUCCGCCGCUUACCUUCUAGAGGCUCGUCUGCACAUCAGCCAGCAAACACAACCUCAGCCCCCCAUCAUCCUCCAACAGCAGCCCCAGUCGGCAGCACGAGGCACCUUCCCCAUCCUGUCUAAACCGGCAUUGUGGAGCACAAGCUCGGCCUCCGGCACCGACCCGGACAUGCAGCUCAGUAGCUGUGUGAUGGUGAAAUAAAGGCACCAGCUAUUUGUUCUGUCCGCGGGAAGAAAGAAUCUUGAUGCUGAGCUGAGAAGAAAAGAGCAAAAUUCAGGAGGAAGAACAAAAAGCGAAGCGCAAGCGACAAAAGUACACUUUGUUCAACAACAUGCGGUACACAUACGAGAAUGUGUCCCCACCACGUAUGUAUGUUGUGUGCUCUUUUGAUAUAAUAAGCUAUAGACUAAGCAAUAACCAAACUCUGGACUCCAGAGGAGCAAUAACAGACCUAAAACUCUCAUUAGCUGACCUGAAUGAGAGCUGAAACUAGCCGAUACAAUUAUUGCUCACGUUUGUAUUAUGUCGAAGUCCAUUUUAUGGUUUUGUUGAAUACAGGAAGCCUCCCUUUUUCCUCAUUAUAUUUUAGACACGUAUUGUGUCAUUUCCUGUACUCAAUGUUUUUCACCUCAUUGGACAAAGGACCAACAUUUCAAUUUUCUUUUUUCCACUUUGUCCGCCUUUGAAAGACAUUUCUCUGUAGCAGUGCAAUGGACAUCCAAUACAAUGCCCUAAGCUUCACUGAAGGACUUGAUAUGUAUUGAAACUGUGAUUAUUUGUUUUGCUAUUGUAGCUACGCAACUGCUGCUUUUACCUCAAGUAGCUGCUACAUCCUUAUCAGCCAAAACGGAAGGAAGAUGGUGUCUGGUUGAGUAAAGCACAACAGGGACAUCACCUUACACUUGUGGAUACAAAGACCGUAUUCCCUUCGUUUGAUGAGCACCUUCAAGUAAGAUGAUGUUUCUACCUCCGCAGAAGCAAGUACUUGGGAAGCUGUAAAAAAAAAAUAUUCGCUGAACAAAAAGUGUUCAAUACCAGAAUAUCGGAGGACUGUCAAUUUGGACAAAACAAAGACUGGGAACCGUGCAAUAUUUCAUAUUGAAAUACAGAAGGAGGAUGGGGAUCUGCAUAGGAUGGUCAAAAUGUACAUUUUCGUUGUGUUAUUCCUUUUUGGUUUGCUGUGCUAGCUGACUUUAACAGGUACUAGAUAUAUAACAUAUUGCUUGAUGCUGUAAAAUUGAUAGAAACACUUUUCAAAAUGCUGUUUCUUCACACAGUAUGCUUAUAGUUAUUUAACUGAAAGGAAGAAUCUGGGUUUACCAAAGAGCGAACAGCACAAGAGAUGGCGAUCCAUCACAGAUACACUACUGACUUUUCACUUUGAAUGCGUCCUCAAAAUGUAGCGUGGUGGUUAGCAAGCAUAUAUCCUAAAUUAUCUCCUUAGCUUUAGCUUUGAGAAAACUCCCGCUUCCAUCAAAUGCUGAUAUUGUUGACAUUUCUAGCUUUUACUAUCAGGACCGUAGUCGUGUUCCUUUUUUUUUUUUACUUUUCUAGAAAAAAAGAAGAAAAAAGAAAAAUAAAUCCAAACAUAGCAAUAUACCACGUUGUGCUGGAAGUUGAACUUUCUUUAGUUGUCCAUAAUUAUAAAUGAUCUACAACAAGCUGGUUUAUUAGUGCACUCUAACUCAGAGAACAUACUCGAGAGCUGCAAUAGAUGUGUAAUAAAUAGUUGCAAGCUCAAUUAGUUAGUUCAAUUGGUUUGUUUUUGCACUCCCUCCCAACACUUGUGCCUUUGAACAAACUCGUGGUCAGAGGUCUACAGCUCCGCUACGCGGAAGAACGAAAGUUCAAUAUCUACUCUGAACUCUCUCUAUCUUCCCUGUCUGACCUUUGAACGAUCCGUGGAGACAGAAGCACUUUAUUAAAAAAUGUUUCCCAUGAUGAAA